AAGAUUUGAAGCAAUAUGGUUAAAUAUUUGUUGUUUUUAGAUCCUAUGCGGGAAGAAGAAGUAAAUAAAUUUUAUACAGCUUGUCAAAUGCACAGAAAUUAUUAUAGAGGAUAUCCUAAAGCUUAUCAUCCAUUGAGCUAUUUCAGCGACGGAGAAUAUAGCUAUCAAUGUCCUCCUGAAAUGUCUCAUGUUUACCUCGGUUAUCCAUCGUACUAUGUUAAAUACAAGCAGCCGGCAGUUUUGAAUAUUUCACGGGCCCGAACAAUAGAUUUUCCACCCUUGCCCGGACGCAGUCUAGCUCCUCGGUACAAUAAACCACCCUAUAAUAAACGUCAAGAUGAAAUUGAAUUGUUUUAUGAAGCAUGCCAGCGCCACAGGAACUACUACAGAGGCUAUCCUAAGGCGUACCAUCCUCUUACUUACUUCCUAGACGCAGAUUACAUGUGGCAGUGUCCACCAGAUCUCACUCCGACGUACCUCAGUUUCCCAGUGUUCCACGUUAAGUACAAGCAGCCGGCAGUCCUGCCGGGCAGCACGGGCCGCACCAGCGGUAUACCGCCCGUGCCUGGGCGGACUCUCGCUGGACGCUAUAAUAAAGCUGCUUGCAAGGCCUUCAUUAGAUAGACCGAUACUCAAGGG